AUGUGGUAUCUCCCUAAAACUGCUUCUGGAACUAAAGAGGAAAAUCCUGACCAGGGCACAAAAGCCCUGGUAUACCAAGAUGGUAGGAAACAGAGCUGCGCCGCGGUGACGCCCCGCGGGGCAGGUCCGGGCGGCGCGCCGGCCGCUUUCAAGUCCCCGGCCCCGGGCUUGCAAGUGCGGGCCUGCGCCCUGCGCGGCGGCGGGAGCGGGAGCUUCUGCCCUCGUGUGCCGACUCGCCGCGCCCAGAGCGGGGUUGGGGCUGUCCCCGCCCCGCGGGCUCCCGGGCCCGCCUUAGCUUCCAGAACAAGCAUUGCUAUGUUCUCUGAGAGCCUGAAUAUCAUCGUGACCUUGUUUCUGUACUUGGUACAAAAAGCUUUGCAUCCAAUCUACGUGAGACGAGACUCCAGCAUCCCCACCUAUGGGCUCCGUCAGUCCAUCCUACUGAACACCAGGCUUCAGGACUGCUAUGUGGACUCACCGGCUCUCACCAACAUUUGGACGGCCAGAAUGUGUGCAAAGCAGAACAUCAGGACCCCAGCACCAGGUAGCACCUCUUCUUGGGAAGUUGUAAAGAAUCCGUUAAUUGCCAGUUCUUUCUCCCUGAUUAAGCUGGUGCUCAGGCGACAACUUAAGAAUAAGUGUUGCCCAGGACCAAGCAAGUUUGAAGAAAAGCCCCCGAAGGGAUUAAAACCCAAGGACAAUUCAGCAACAAAAGCCAUGCAUCGGUGCAGGAUAAGAAACUCCAUCAGUUCCAAGGGCAAACAGCCAGUGGGGCAGCACUCAGGCUCACCGAGGCUCAGGAGGUCUGCAGGAGGCGUCAACAAGAGUAAAGAAAGUUCAAAGGAGAAAAAAGUAACAGUCCGCCAAGAUCUUGAGAAGAGAUAUGCCGAACAUGUGGCUGCCACCCAAGCAUUACCCCGGAACAUUGGGACAGCGGCCUGGAAGGGCCAAGCGUUGCUUCCUGAAACCAGACAGAGACAGCAGUUGUCCGAGGACAAGCUGACCAUCCACGGCCUCUCCACAGAGGGUUACAGGGCUCUGUACCACUCUGUGGUUGAGCCGAUGCUAUGGAAUCCUUCAGGGACCCCCAAGAGGUACAGCUUGGAGCUGGGCAAGGCCAUCAAACAAAAGCUCUGGGAGGCUCUGUACAGCCAGGCCGCCAGUCCUGGAGGUGCUCAGGACCCAGUGCCUGGCAGGAGGCAGCUGGAGGUCCAUGAGGAGCCUGUGCCCAAGAAAUGGCCCAAGUUAAAGAGAGAGAAAUAG